AAAUGUUUUUAAACCUCACCAAACAGCAUCCACUCUCACAAGCUGCAUAAACCCCGCCCACUCUCACAAGCUGUACAAAGAGAGAAAAACUCCGGUCCUCUAUUGCUUCAAGGUUCCUUCACAAUUUUGAUGCUUCGUCUUGCUCCAAAUCUUCUUCGCAAAAUCUCAAGCAGCCCCGUUUCCUCAACCCCUUUCCAUCGUUUUUCCCUUUCCACAUUUCUCAACCUCGAUCUGUUACAGCAACAGUUGCUGUUACGCUUCAUCGCUGGCUCUGCUUCGAGCCCUAGCCUCUCAAUAUGGAGGAGGAAGAAGGAGAUGGGCAAGGAGGGUCUGAUUGUAGUCAAAGAACUCAAGAGACUUCAGUCCAAUUUCAUUCGCCUCGACCGCUUCAUUUCCUCCCAUGUCUCUCGCUUGCUCAAGUCCGACCUUGUUGCGGUUCUUGUUGAGCUUCAGAGACAGAAUCAUGUCUUUCUCUGCAUGAAAUUGUAUAACGUGGUUCGUAAAGAAGUAUGGUACCGGCCCGACAUGUUCUUUUAUAGAGAUAUGCUGAUGAUGCUUGCAAAGAACAAAAGGGUAGAAGAAACAAAACAAGUUUGGGAGGAUCUGAAAAAAGAGGGUGUGUUAUUUGAUCAGCAUACUUUUGGAGACAUUAUUCGAGCAUACUUGGAUAAUGCAAUGCUCUCUGAGGCCAUGGAUAUCUAUCGUGAAAUGAGAGAAUCUCCUGAUAGGCCAUUAUCUUUGCCUUUUCGUGUCAUUCUUAAGGGCCUUAUUCCAUAUCCAGAAUUGAGAGAACAAGUUAAAGAUGACUUCUUGGAGCUCUUCCCUGAUAUGAUCGUCUAUGAUCCACCAGAAGACUUGUUUGUAGAAGAUGAAGAUAGAAACAAGAGUGAAGAUGAUUAACUAAUUAAGAAUGCUGCUCUUGCAAUUGUAGCCUUUAAGUUUUGAGUUUCGAUGUGUCUGUAUAGUUUCAAAAAUGUCGAAGAAAUCUUUGAUUUUCAAUUACGUAAUUGGUUAAUUCGUGAACUUUAAAA